CAAAUGAAUUUGUUCAACACACUGUCAGAUUUCUCACGAGAAUAUAUCCUAGAGGGAUCCGAACCAAUUCUUCUAAUUAUAAUCCUCAGGAAUUUUGGAAUGUUGGGUGUCAGAUGGUGGCCUUAAAUUUCCAAACACCUGGAGUACAAAUGGAUCUUCAAAUUGGGAAAUUUUCAGAUAAUGGUGGCUGUGGCUAUAUAUUGAAACCCGAAUUCUUGAGAAAUAAACAGACAUCAUUUACUCCAUAUAAUAUAUCUGUAGACCAUCAACCAAUUACGCUUACAAUUAAACUUAUUAGUGGCCAUCAGUUACCACCUAGCAACCUUUCCAGAACUAACAAAGCCGACCCUCUUGUUAUACUAGAAAUUUAUGGCAUUCCAGAAGACCAGGCAAAACAACAGACUUGUGUUGUGAGGAGCAAUGCUUUGUGUCCUAGGUGGAAUCAAACAUUCACAUUUCAUAUUCGUGUUCCAGAGCUUGCCUUACUUCGUUUUGUUGUAGAAGAUCAGUUUUCUCUUGCUUCCAAUGAUUUCCUUGGUCAAUAUACGUUGCCACUUUUGAGCAUAAAUAGAGGUUAUCGUCAUGUUCCACUUUUUUCCAAACUUGGUGUCAGCUUACGUCCUGCUUCACUCUUUGUACAUAUUUGGUACUCAAGAAAUGUAUGUUAGGAUUUCUGCCUAUUCCACAAUAAAGAUUCAGUGGUUUAAUU